GGCAGCACUUCCGCCACCAUUUUGCAACCACGGAUUCGACACAGUGGCUCAGCUGCAUCUUGAAAUGCACUAGUCCCUCUGAUAUAACCCCAAGUGUCAUGAAUAUUCCCUCAACGCGCCAGACGUGGUCAUCCACCAGAUAUCAUCAACACGAAAAUAGAGCUCGCCGGUUUUGCCAUUAUUCGCCCACCUGUCGACAAUAAUCCGUGCCGCGGGCAGUUUGUGGACGCCAUGAUCGACUACACCUUCUGGAGACUGCCCUUCCUCCUGCACAUCACCAUCGAGUCUGCCGCAGUCUUUCUCUUCACCUGCCGGCCGGAAUCGCAGCUCAGUACUAAGGAAUGCUCAGUGGAGGCGCGGCUAGUGCUCAGGCAGUACGGCGCCCUCCUCGCAUCCAGCAAUCUGAUUUGCCUUGGCACGAUCCUUCAACCCUACUCCUCGUCGUUGACUCGACAGAUCGCACUGGCACUCGUGGUUUAUCAUGUGUUUCCCUGCCAUCGUGCUUGGUUCAGGCUACAGGCCGGCCACGAAGGCAAGAAGGGCGCUGGCGAACGAAGGGUACCUUUUCUGGCAAGACCAGACCUGCAUCUGGUGUUGCACGUAGCCUGUUGUGCGGCUUUUGCUGCUGUUGGCAUUUUCUGAACUGAAUCAGGCAGCUAAAAAUUUGGAC